AUGAGCCCUCGAGUGAUUCCGCUCCGCUCGUGGAUGGUUUAUACUGCUUACUUCGUGUCGGUCAAUCUUUUGAACAAUUGGGCCUUUGCCUAUAAGAUCUCCGUUCCGCUUCAUAUCAUUCUCAGGUCCGGUGGUCCGGUGGCAUCCAUGCUCGUUGGAUAUGCAUAUAACGGGAGACGGUACUCUCGCGGCCAGAUUCUAGCCGUGGCCUUGCUGACGGCCGGCGUUGCCGCCGCAGCACUUGCCGAUGCGCAGGCCAAGGGCCAGUCCAUCGAGAUAGGAACCGGUAGCGACGUGACAUUGAUGACCACGGCUACCGGAUUCAGCAUUCUUGCCCUAGCUAUGAUUCUGUCCGCGUUCCAGGGAAUCUACGCGGACCGACUAUAUGGCACCUAUGGCCGCGAUCAUUGGAAGGAGGCUCUGUUCUACUCGCACGCCCUUUCGCUGCCUUUGUUCUUGACCAGCUACCCGCAGCUAUUAUCACAGUGGCGUGUCGUGGCAUCCACCCCUUCGCUGCUUUCAACACUGUCUGCUCGAAAUGUUAGCGAAGUUUCAUCCAGCAUUAUAGACAACAAUAUUUUCUCCGCAAUUGCGGCCGCUCAGAAGCACCAAUCGGUUGCAUCUGUCCUCGACAAUAUUCCAAUCCAGGUGGCUUACUUGAUUAUGAAUGCCCUGACGCAGUACGUCUGCAUUCGGGGAGUCCACCUGCUGUCUGCCAAAUCUUCCUCCCUCACGGUUACUGUGGUUUUGAACAUCCGCAAGCUUGUUUCUUUAUUGCUUUCGAUCUAUCUGUUCGGCAAUGAUCUGGCAUCUGGUGUUCUUGUUGGGGCAGUUUUGGUCACCAUUGGCGGAGGCCUGUAUGGAUUCGAGGGAGCACGGCUGAGGAAGACCAGCUUGAAGAAGACCCAAUGA